GGCUCGAUGACGUUGACGUGUGUGAUGAUCCAGGCGUUCCGCAGAAUGGCUUCAGGACCCCCAGUGAAGGAGUUUUUUUGGAAAAUGACGCAGCCCGAUUUAACUGCCAAGACGGAUUCAGGCUGAAGGGCUCUUCAAAGAGAUUGUGUAUGAGAUUUUUUAAUGGGAGCCUGGGCUGGGUCCCAAGUGACAAAGCGGUCUGCGUACAAGAAGACUGCCGCCUCCCCCAAAUUGAAGAUGCCGACAUCCAUAACAAGACAUACAGACACGGAGAAAAGUUAAUCGUCACCUGUCAUGAAGGAUACAAGAUUCGGUACCCUGACCUAUACAACAUGGUUUCGUUAUGCCGUAAUGACGGGACGUGGGAUAACUUGCCCAUCUGUCAAGGCUGCCUGAGACCUCUAGCCUCUUCCAACGGCUAUGUGAACAUCUCGGAGUUCCAGACCUCCUUCCCCGUGGGAACUGUGAUCGCCUAUCGCUGCUUCCCUGGAUUUAAACUCGAGGGUUCUGAGUAUCUCGAAUGCUUACACAACCUUAUCUGGACGUCCAGCCCACCCCGGUGCCUUGCUCUGGAAGUCUGUCCGCUACCUCCCAUGGUGAGUCACGGAGAUUUCAUCUGCCACCCGAGGCCUUGUGAGCGCUACAACCACGGGACCGUGGUAGAGUUCUACUGUAAUCCUGGCUACAGCCUCACCAGUGACUACAAAUACAUCACCUGCCAGUAUGGAGAGUGGUUUCCUUCCUACCAAGUCUACUGCAUCAAAUCAGAGCAAACGUGGCCUGGCACCCAUGAGACUCUCCUGACCACAUGGAAGAUCGUGGCAUUCACAGCCACCAGCGUGCUGUUGGUGUUACUGCUAGUCAUCCUGGCCAGAAUGUUCCAGACCAAGUUCAAGGCUCACUUCCCUCCCAGGGGUCCUCCCAGGAGCUCCAGCAGUGACCCUGACUUCGUGGUCGUGGAUGGAGUGCCCGUCAUGCUCCCGACCUAUGAUGAGGCUGUGAGCGGAGGCUCCAGUGCCUUAGGCCCCGGGUACCUGGCCUCCGUGGGCCAGGGCUGUCCUUUACCUGUGGAUGACCAGAGCCCUCCAGCAUACCCCGGCUCCGGGGACACGGACACAGGCCCUGGGGAGUCCGAAACCUGUGAUAGCACCUCGGGCUCUUCUGAGCUGCUCCAGAGUCUAUAUUCAGCCCCCAUGUGUCAAGGGGGCAACCACCCUGCCCCAGACACCCCUGAAACAAUUGCGAGCACAGCCGAGGAGGUGGCAUCCUCCAGCCCAGGCAUCGACAUUGCAGAUGAGAUCCCUCUAAUGGAAGAAGAUCCCUAGUUGGGUGAAGUCCUGCUAAUGCCACUGUCCCCUUUGGGGGAAAGAGCCUUGAACUUUGGAGUGAGGCCACAGGACAGAGCUUGGGAGAAACUGGGGCAUUUUCUAAUCUAUCUACAUGGGGACAGUGACCACACCACACAUAUCCAACAGGACUGCGGGUCUGCACACCAACAGUCGCCGUGCGUCCUAGUGGGACUCGCGGGCCCGUCAUGACCUGCAGGGAACAAAGGGCAGAGGGGACUCUCUGCAUCACCCCCAUGACAGAGUGUGAGACAGUGGCACACACAUCCUGACAAUUCACAUAUCCUGUUGGCUUGUGUUACCAGCACUCCCCGCCCCUCUGAAAGCAUGUCACAUUGUAUAAAUCCGCUUCUAAAAUCUGCUGUGAACUGUCUAGGGACACUAGAUCUGGACAGGCCUGUCUCUGUAGAAAGCCCAUGUUAACCGGCCAGCCCAGGAGCAGAUCCUUCUCUGCCCUCAUUAGUAAGGGACGGGCUCCCAAGGCAAGACUCUCAUGUAAUACUCAGACCAUCUUCUACACCGGGACAACUGUCCAAAGCAGGAUGUGGCGGUUCGGGUGAGAAAGGGAAGAAAAAGAAGCCAACUCUGCUUUCUGAAAAUGUCUUCAUGCAGAGCCCCCCAUGCUCUGUGCUGCCCCCUGGUGACGAGCAUCGGUGUUUGUAUUCGUGGUCUGGCAGUGGCUCCGUGGCCUGGGAUAAACCUGUGACUUUUCCCACGGUUGAGGACACGUUCAGAUCUUGUGGUGGACUGAGUGAUUUGGUAAUGUUUGGUUUGGGUAUUUCAGAAAGACUCCACUCGUGUUUAUCUGCUCGCCCAUGCCUUCCUUCGAGGGUCGUUGUUAUCACAUUGUCCCUGACCCUAAAACGUAACCAUCCUUUUAUUUUACAAAACGUAAGUUUCUGUAAAACACAUUCUGCAUCCGAAGAAAGUGUAAGUCGGCUCUUAACCCCGCUCCCUCCAGCUCUCUUUGUGCUGCAGAGUCUGCAGGCUGGCCUCUCAGCCCCGAGCCACCCUGCCCUCUUGCUUUCAGGGGGCCUUUGGUCCUGCCUGCCCGCCAUCCUGCGUUCCUACUGUGAGGGUUUCAUGGCGCCCACUGGGUGUUGUGCCUAAGAACCCCCAGUCCAGAAGCGUCUCUUCAAAUAUAUGUUGGUCUGUGGCGUCGCUUCCAUUCCUCCUCUGGGUUUCAGACAAAUAUAAACAAAACUCUCAUCCAUAAAAUCACUGUGCUGGCAGAGCAGCAAGGGCUGGAAGCUUGAUCGAGUCCUGUUUUCUCUCGACACAGACUGAUUAAAAAUUAAAAAGAAAAUGACA